CUUGUGAUGAGUUAUACGAAUCUACAAAAGAGUUGCAAGGCUGGGUCAGCAUCACAAGGCGCUCUCAGAUUCGUAUGUCUGCUCCAGCUGACCUGAUUCAUAGUUCUCUCGCUGUCUCAUCUUUUUGCCUAAGCGCUUAGUGAAAUCAGGACCGGCGUCUAUCGUGCCGAACAGCCAUCGACAAUCGAAAUACACGUGGAACGUCAUCGCCUGCAUCCAUCACCCAUUUCUCCUCACGCUCUCACCUCAUAGUCCUCAUACCCGUCUUGUCUCCCCGCUCAUUGCGCCCCCGCCUACAACUCAAUCUUCGAUGUUCAGACGUGUCGCUCGUUAUUUGCAUAAUCGCGCCACCAAGCCCGAUAGCUUGGAAGGCCAGUCUAUCACGCUCGAAAUCAUCAGUGGACAGAAUCUUGCAGUCCCUUCUGAGCGCAUACCCGCAAGUAUUUACGUGUCCAUCAAACCCGACCAGACGAGAUGCUGGAAAUCAGGCGUCCGAGUCCUAUCAUCCGACAAAUCUGUAGCGUGGGGCGAUACCGUGACCCUUUUAUCACACGUGUCACCUAAAUUAUCAGUGGAGAUUAGGGCAUCGUUUGAGCUCGGUCGAACACUAGGCAAUGGAGAACUCAUUGGAAAACGCAAAACAUCGUGGGAUAAGCUGCUCGCUCAUGGAAAUGAGCCUUUCGAUCUGUCCUUCCCGCCCGUUCGUGGUGUCCGCCCAUCUCUCAGGCUAAAGGUCGCAUUUGUGCAUGCUUGCGGAAACGACGACAGUGGACAGUUUGAUUCCAUCAUUGACUGUGAGACUACUCGGCGCACAGACGCAGGUCAUGCACGAUACGCCGAAUAUGUGGCAAGCAGGAGUGUCUCUCACCUGAAUGAUGCUGUCGAGGAUUUCCAGUUCAUUCUAGAGCGUUGUCCGGUUGGCCAUCCUGACCGUGCAGCAGCUCUCACCAACCUCGCAUGGGCCCGCCUUAAAGGCUAUGCCCGAAAGGAUCUACAAGACAUUGACUCUACUACAUCUCUAUUCCGCGAUGCCCUUGCAUUGCGUCCGCAGGACCACCCCAAUCAUCCAUUCUCUGUAUAUUGUCUCACUGAAGCACUGAACUGGCGCUACGACCGUGAAUGUGCCACCGCCGAUAUCUCUGAAUCAGCCCAGCUCUAUCAUGACCUAUUACCUCUCUGUCCUGAGGGCACCCAUCUUCGGAGCAUCGCGGUGGGGAAGGAUGGCGUGGAUUAUGCGAUUGACGGAUGCAACUACCUUCCAGUAGAUGCAUCUGAUGCAGACAUUCACCUUCGACGAAUCGUGCUCGAGCUCUGUCCUCCGGGACAUCAACACCGUUCCAUGGCCCUCAACAAGCUUGGACGAGCACUCUCCAUCCACUUUGAACAAAGUGGCAGCAUUGAUGAUAUAGACGAGAGCAUACAACUUCUUCGUGAAGCCCUUUCUCUGUGCCCCGAGGAACAUCUUGAUCGUGGUGACUACUUGAAUGACUUGGCUGUUUCACUCCGAUAUCGCUUCGAUUACCAAGGCAAAUCUCAUGACCUCGACGAAGCAAUCUCUCUAUAUGAAGAAUCAUUGUCCCUGCACCCUGUUGGGCACGGAUCUCAUGAUAUACCACUGGACAAUCUAGGGAGCGCCCUCCACACCCGUUUCAACCGCUGUGGUGACAUCAAUGACAUCAACAAAGCUAUCAGCUUCUCUCGCGAGACGCUGACAUUGCGCCCACCUGGGCAUCAACACCAUGACACUGCACUUAACAACCUGGCUUUCGUGCUCAAAACCAGAUAUGACAAAUUGAAUGCCAGUGGGGAUCUCAAUGAGGCCAUUGAGCUGUGCCGUGAAUCACUUCAGUCACAGACGGAUGCUCCAUGGCGUCAUAGAUAUCUUUACGGUUUGAGCUCCGCACUCUGCGCUCGUUUCGCGAAAACUCAGAAGAAUGAAGAUGUCGAGGAGGCCAUUGGCCUUUGCCAAGAAUCAUUGGCAAUUUUGUCUCCACUGCACCCGGACAGGCAUUUCAGCUACAUGGCACUGAAGGACACAUAUCUGUCUCGUUAUCAGGUGCAGCACAAUCCCACUGAUCUGUCACUCACAGUCGAGAAUUUCAGACUGGGAUCAAGACAUCCGACUCAAGGAUUUCCAGAACGCAUCAUUCUGGCAUAUAAUUGGACUAUUGUAGCAGAGAUGUACAGUGAUGCAUCUGCACUGGAGGCCUACACAAUAUCUCUCGAGCUUCUUGACGCUCAUUUGUCAACCCGGUCAUCAACAACUUCGCGGCGCGAAGCUGCUGCUGCCUUCCAUAAUGCCCGAUCACUGUCUGUAAAUGCAGCAUCAGGUGCCCUGCGCCGUGAUAACAUACGAAAGGCUGUGGAACUCGUGGAGCAGGGUCGUGGCCAGCAGUGGUCGCUGGCCUCUCGGCUCAGGACUCCAGUUGAAGAUCUCGAGUUAGCACACCCGAAACUGGCUCACAAAUUUUUGGAGCUGAGUGCGCGCAUUUCCAACGCCGCUCAGGGUUCCGCAGCCAUCACCGACAGAGCUGCUGCUGACCUAGCAGCGAGAGAGUACAGGAGACUUACGGAGCAGUGGGAAACUGCGGUGAAUGAAAUCCGCAACAACCAAGGUUUCGCGCGAUUCCUGCUCCCACCAUUAUACGAAGACUUGCAAGCUGCAGCAUGCCAGGGCCCAGUCAUCAUCCUCAUUGCGAGUCGAUACUCGUGCGACGCCAUCAUUGUCCCGAAGUCAGGAGAGCCCCGCCAUGUUCCUUUCUCAUCUCUCGUUCUUGCAGAUCUCGUGAAGCUCAAGGACGACUUCGCCAGGGCGAUACGGCACGCAUCUAUUAUGGGCCCAGAGGAGCCGAGGAAGGAUCUGAUAGUACUCUUGCGUAAAAUAUGGGAAGAGAUCAUGCUACCCGUUGCUGAUGUCCUCCAGCAUGACCUGAAACUGCGGCACCGGUCUCGAAUAUGGCUGUGUCCGACAGCAGCCUUCACGUCCAUUCCUCUCCAUGCAGCUCACCCCUCUCGAACGAAGGCAGAUCGCUCUGGGCGGGAACCAUGCCUGGCGGAUCUCUACAUCUGCUCUUACACUCCGACACUUUCGGCUCUAAUCAGAUCUCGACAGACGAUGAAGACGCGUGCGACUCCGUCGUUCGUGGCGAUCGGACAAGGUCGACCGGGCGCAGGGCAAGGCACAGAGCUCGCUACUGUCGACAGCGAGCUCGAGCUUGUUUGUAAGCUCAUCCCCGCUACGGCCAACCCCACCACUCUUUCUGGCGAUGCAGCCACGCGAGCCGGUGCACUCGAAGCUUUACAACAGAACACCUGGGUGCACCUAGCUUGCCAUGGCAAACAGGACCGCGAGCAGCCUUAUCAUUCCCGUUUUUCCAUGAGAGACAAACCUCUCACAUUGCUUGACAUCAUGGAGAACAAUGCUCCGCAUGCUGAAUUCGCAUUUUUAUCUGCGUGUCAUACCGCCGUUGGCGAUGAAGAGACGCCGGACGAAGUUAUCCACCUUGUUGCUGGUCUGCAGUUUUCGGGGUUCAAGAGUGUCAUUGGCACGCUGUGGGUGGUCGAUGACGGUGUUGCAAAGCACGUUGUCGAAGCUUUCUACGAGAACAUGUUCAAGGCCCCGAAGGAGGGUGCGAAGGAGGCUACGAUGGAUUGUACAAAGGCGGCCUUGGCACUGAACAAGGCUACGAGCUCCGUGAAGAAGAAAGUCCCGCUCGAGCAGAGAAUCGUUUUUAUUCAUAUCGGUGUCUAGUUCCUGGUCAGAUAUCGUUUUCAUCUGCUAGUGCUGCAGUUUACUACAAGGUGUCGAUCUUCGAUUGUCCUUCAUCCCGGUGUACUUCAAAUUGUUGUAGAAAUUACCCUGAUACUCUUACGCUCUUGUCGCUCGUUUUCGCAAACUGCUGCCACAAUGUGUGUCCCAGUCGUUCCUGACUCGUUCGUUAAUGUACUUACAUACAGGGCGAAUCAGGCUUAUGACAACCAUCUGAGUCUCCGUCGCAAAUAGUUG